CACAGGUGCUAUAUAACGUGGGCCACCAGCUAUAUGAAGCCGUCUUCGUGUUGUAGUGCUUUUACAACCAACUCCAGCCGCCGGAACCUGGAUUAACCACCAGCACAGAUGCAUGCACGGAAGGUUAUAGUAGUGCUGGUCUACAUUCUCACAGUGUUAGUUUCCUUGGCAGUAGCGAAAAGGUAUUCAUCAGAAAAACGAGUGCAAAAUCUAUCGACAUUCAAGACCAUGAUGCGGUAUGGCAGAGCAGGCCCCACCUCCAACCAAAAGGAGAACAAAGUCAACAUCCACCCCAGAGCUGACGCCUUCUUCCUUGGACCCAGAUACGGCAAGAGAUCGAGUUGGAGCCCUAAUGCGUCGUUGGUUUAUCCUGUCUCUUCCACCCCACUCUGUGGUUUAGAUGAGGAUUUAUCCUGUGCUUACACCGGCAUCUCAGACUUGUAUCGAUGCACUCCGAGGAAAGGACAUGAGAGUGAAGAAUUCUCGACGACUUCUAACUGAAUCGAAGAUUGUACUUAAAAUGUGAUUAGAUUUAUUAAUGUUACGUUAUCUUAUAUUGUUAGACUGGGGCUCGCCUUAGGGCUGGGGGCGAGGCACAGUUGCUUCCGAUUAUUUUGUUACUAAAACUGUAAACUAAAUAAGUGGAUGUAUUUCAUGUGCAAUAAACAAUUAUGUUCAAACUUUCUAGCACUAA